UUCAGCAUCGGCAUCGGCACUGGAACUAGCCUAGCACUGGCGCUCGAUCAGUUUCAGUCGGACCAUUCGUGACGGCGUCUUCAGCUUUGCCUGAAAACUGGAACAUAACCUCGAAUUUUUUUUCGUUUCCGCGUAUUCGGUGAAUCGAAAAAAAGGGGUGUGUACCCUUCUCGCGUAUAUUUUUUUUUCUGAUUAGUGCGUCGGCCGAAGAGGUCGCUAUGUGAUCGUGUGGAUUAUUCGAUGGGAAAUUCCCAUUAGUCUUUGGUUUUGUGAUCCUCGGAUUAUCCUGGAGAUUGUCCUCGUCGACAAGCAGUCCCGAUGACUCUCUCAUGCUAUGACAUGUUCUGUGUGAACUUCGCAAAGGCAUUAUGUACUGAGGUGUACGAAAUGCAAAUAAGCGAAGCGGCAGGCGGGGUGCCGGCCCUGGGGGCGGAACCUUGUAGGUUCCCGAAGCUCGAAGAGUGCGCCCAUUUUCAUUAUGAAAGGGUGCAACUGCCCCAGUUGGCCGUCACCCUGCAGACCAGCAUGGACCAGUCACUGCAUUCGCAACACACUAAUGAUGAUACCGAUGUUGAGUGGUUCAUGGUUCAAGUGACUUCUGGAGAUGCGUGCUGGAUCAUUCAGCGGAAUUUCGAAAACUUCCAAAUGUUGGACGACCAGCUGCACCAAUGCAUCUUCGAUAGAAAAAUCUCCCAACUGCAGGAUCUCUCUAGUCAGUCUCCGAAUGACGAAGAUUUGGAGACAAAACUCAUCCUCUACUUGGAACGUUUCAGCAAGAUAGCCGACAAUUCGGUCAAUUGCGGUCCCGUGCUGAACUGGUUGCAGAUGGACAACAAAGGUCAUAGAUUGCUGGUACCAAGUGAAGAAAGCAGAUCGAUUAAUACUCCUGCAGUCGCAGCCGCCUAUAGUGUUCGGCGAUACGUUUCGCAGGCUCGAGACGAAUUGAACCUAGAAGUCGGCGACAUGAUCUCAGUGAUAGACAUGGCUAGUCCAGGGGAAUCAAUGUGGUGGAGGGGAAAACGGGGAUUUCAAGUGGGGUUUUUUCCUCAACACUGUGUUCAUAUCAUAGGAGAUAAGGUGCCCAGAAAUAUGCCUCUACCUCCUCCCGUCGUAGGGUCCUUAGCAUUAACACCGAUUAAACCAGUAUUGAGGAAACACGGUAAACUGAUCACGUUCUUUAGGAGUUUUAUUUUGAACAGGCCGUCGAGGAGGCGACUGAAACAAUCGGGAAUAUUGAAGGAAAGGGUUUUCGGCUGCGAUCUCGGCGAACAUCUGCUCAAUUCUGGAAACGAAGUUCCGAUGGUGCUCAAGUGUUGCGCUGAGUUCAUUGAGAAGUACGGCAUCGUCGACGGAAUCUACAGGUUAUCUGGAGUUACUUCGAACAUCCAAAAGUUGCGGAACGCCUUCGAUGAAGACCGAAUUCCAAACUUGUGCACAGAAGAUAUCUUGCAAGACAUUCACUCCGUUGCAUCACUUUUGAAAAUGUAUUUUAGAGAAUUGCCAAAUCCAUUAUGCACCUACCAGCUUUACCAAAGUUUCGUGAACGCAGUACAAGGCUGCAACACAGCGAUUAGAAAUUCAGAAUCGGACCAUGAUAGGCUGCUAAAGAUGCGGGAGACAGUACAGAAAUUGCCUCCUCCUCAUUACAGAACCCUGGAGUAUUUGAUGAGGCAUUUAGCAAAAGUAGCAAAACAUGGAGCUAGCACAGGAAUGACGACGAGGAACGUUGCCAUUGUAUGGGCUCCUAAUCUCUUAAGGUGCGAGGCGUUGGAAGUAGGAGGCGUAGCAGCUUUACAAGGUGUUGGAGUUCAGGCAGUCGUAACUGAAUUUCUAAUCUGUUACGCCGACUUAAUAUUCUGUGAUCAUCUACCCAACUUCGACCAACCAACGUUGACAAACGAGAACCUCCUAUCGAAGAAGUGUAGGCCUAACAGUUUGGCCAUUUCUACUCCAACAAAAUUGAUCACAUUAGAAGAAGCAAGAAAUAAACACUUACCAAACAAAUCCGAAGAAUGCAACUACAUCGAAGUCGGAGGAGGUCCUAAGAAUUUGCCCAAGAAGUAUCAUACUGUAAUAGAGUUACCUUCGGGAGCAAGAAAACGGGGCCAUACAAAACGUUCACCUUUGGGCUGGAGGAUGUUCUUUUCGAAAUCCAGAAAUCAAACUCAAGGUAAUAUGUCAAAGAAUCGGAAGGCUUCCACGCCGGUUACAAUAAACGAAAAAUUCGUAACCGAAUCGGAUCUGACAGAAAUGAAACGGAAGUUAAGGUCAGUGAAAUCCGCAGAAAGCUUAACAUCCGGUCAUUCCGAACCAGCCAGCUGCGAAGAUGUUUUGGGACCACUGCAUUCUCUUCACAAACCUCCUGGCCACAACAGGUCAGUCUCACAUGAUUCCUAUUUUGAUACUCUACAGAAUUCUCAGAAUAAUUCCGAGGGUUCACUAUUGGAUCUGAGCGAAAUCCAACUCAACUUCGAAUUGGAAGAGUCAGAAAUGAGGAUAUUUUCCGAAGAUGAGAGCUUGGUUAGUUCUCCAAGAGUUCAUAGAGAGUCUCAGCGUCGUGUUCUGACCAGGGCUCGUCCAGAAGAAUACAAUAGCACCACAAACUCUGUGAACCCCUCUCCAAAGAAGCAAGCUCGUGUCGUACUAUCACCAGAAUCUCAAUCGCGGAAACGUACCCGCCUUGAAGAUCAACUCUCGGAUAUACAAUACAUCGACUGUAGUACCCCUGAUAAUGUAGUGUCGACUACGGCUGUGAUACAUACGUUUCCGGAAAGUCCAGUAGUUCCAACGAACAAACUGUUUGAUUCAUACCAACCGAAGAAUAAGUCACCUAGGAAUUCUGAUAAUUUGGAAAACAAUGAUAAACGGCAAUCACUAGAUCUAGAAUCUCCAGUCAAAAAUAUCUUAACAAAUGCCUUCACAGAUCUAGACCUUAAUCAACCAGGUUUAGGUCCAUACAGUUUGUUAACUAGUCCUACGCCUUGCUCUCCGGGAUAUAAACAACUAGACGACAGUAGUGCUAACACAACUCCUGGAAUAUCGCCCACUUAUGACAGCUCGCCAACAGAAAGUACUUUUCAAAAGACCGAAGUCAAAUCUCCUACAUCAAAAACUCACAAUUACGAAAAUAUUCGAACUACUAUAAGUAUCACAUAUAAAUCACCACCCCGUAGUACUCCUGCAUCACCAAUGAAAGCCCCAGUUACUAAUAUAUACGAGAAUGUUAUUAUAAACCCCGAAAAAGUUGAUAUUCCUACAUCUACGGCUUCAUUGCCGGUACAAGAGGCUAGUUUAACUGUAAACGGGGACUACAUCUCCGACAGACCUAAGAGUUUAAGUGCUUUAGAAGAUCUGACCCCUGGUAACGAGUCUACUACUAUUAGAAAUAAUUUGAGUUCUAGUGCUAUUUGCAAUACCAGUGAACAAAUAUCAGUUGGCAGCUUUAAUGGUCAGAAAACCCUCAGCUCAAAUCAGUCUAGUACUUCCAAUGUACAGUAUACAGCUAGCGUCAGCUCAGCACCUUAUCAGUACAUUGAAAACACGGAACGUCUAAGUCAAAGUGACUUAAGUCUCAGCGAGGUAAUAGAAAGUUCUUUAGAUAACCUUAGUACAAGUCAAACAUCCCUUAGCUUCCCCGUUAGUCCUUCAAAAAACAGUCCUAGUCCAAAUGUCAGCCCUACUCAAGUUUAUGAUUGUUCGUCAAACGAACUCUUAACUCCAAUCAGUCCUACAGAGACUAAAAACACUAGUGAAGGGAUCAGUACAGAAAAUUUAAAUAAUUUUCCAGCAGAAGCGGAGGAAUGUCCGGUUGACACAAAUUUAAUUGAUUUCAGUCCGACCGAUGACAAUAUCGAGUUAAGUCCUAGUAGGUUGAGUAACAAUGAUAAGAGAAAAUCGGAUGAAACUGAACUAAUGGACGAUAGCUCCAUAUAUCAACAAGUCAAAUACUUUAGACGAUCUAUACACGAAGUUAAUGCUCUUCUAGAGUUAGAAAACGGGUCUAAUGACGAUUACGAAACGGUGAUAGUAAAAGAUUCUAAAGUAGAAUUAAGUAAUGACGAAGAAAAAGAUGAAGAAUCAAAGGUUGAGGAAGCAGUUGUGAAAAAUGAAUGUGUGGAUGAAAGUUACGACUCUUUAGAAUCAGAAAAUGUACAUGUCUAUGAAAAUAUCGAGGGUGAAAGUAUGAAAGGGGAAAUUGUGUACGAGAAUGUAGAGGUUAAGACUGAUAAAGAAGAGGAGGAACCUGUGGAAGACGUAAACUGUACAGUUGUAGAAGAUAAGAAAGACGAGGUAGCUGUAGAUAGUGCUGUGCCUAGUGAAAACCCAGUAUUACCUUUAGAAGAAUCUGAUGAUAGUACAAAUAUCUCUAACUGUCAUAGGUUAAUGAAAUUCUACGAAAAAGACAGCCUUCCACCGUGUUUGCGAGCCAGAAAUCUGAAGCACCAGCUAAAAACACGUUCCCUGGACGAAGACGAGUUCGAAAAAGAAUUCGGGAUGAAUUCUAUAGGCGAUAGAAGAACUUCGUUCGAUGAACAUAUUGGCUACAAAACCAACUCUUUGGGCUACAAGACAAAUUCUUUACCUAAAACGCUUAACCAACCCAAAUCCCUACCGCUGGAUGACGGUAAGGUGAACUCUUUACAUCUGGCACACAGCACGGAGAACAUCAAUAGUAAUUUAAGUGAAGAGGAGCAGCAGAAAAAGAGGGAACGGAUCGAAAGGUACAAAGAAGAAAGGAGAAAGAUUCUGCAAGAUCGAUUCAGGUCAGAAUCAUUCAAAGAAGACAAGGAAGUCCUCCUAACACGUCUGCGAAUAUACAAACCCAGGGAAGACCCUCCCGAGGUUACAAAAGUUCCAGAAGUGGAUCGGCUUCCUCGUAGUCGUCGGCGUAGUUCGCGUAGCGAAGACAGUGAUACUCAGGAACCAACUACAAAAUUAGAAGAUACUUCUAAGCAAGAUGUAGAAAAUAUUAAGCCGGUUUUACGGCUAGACGAAACUUCCAAGUUGUCUCUAAGGCUGGAAGAAACUAACAAACAAAAGGAAAAUUUAAACGAGUCGGUUACUCCACCUAUUGAGAAACCUAAAGCAAUAAAAGAUAGUUUAAAAUCUAGGGCUGCUAUUUUCGAACAAAACUCUCAAAAGGCGGUUCCUCCUAGUAGCUUAAUUAUAAACAAAACUAGACCUUUGAAACAGACUGAUUCUUACGCCAAAAAUGUACAAGAUAGUCGAGAGAAAACUAGUAGUUUAGUGGACAGUCGGGACAAACCGUACAAUUCUUUGGAGAAUCGUGACAAAACAUAUGGCAGGAUAGAUAAGAAGGAGAGCUUGGAUGAGGAAUUAAAAGAUUUAGAUUUUAUUAGAAAUAAGAGACGGGAUGUGGAUGUUUUAAGAGAGAAGAGACAUACUUUUGAUAGUAGGGAGCGGGAAACGGAAGCAGACAGGCUUCGAAGGAUUAGUUUAGAUAGUAGAAGUCCCAGAAAGGAGAAAGCAUCACCUACGUACUGCAUAAAGGAUAUGAAAGCUAUUUUUGAAUCAAAGUCAAAACAGUAAUCGUUAUUUAGUUAUUAAAAAAAUGUAAUAGAGUAUUAGAAGAAUCUAUGAUAUAGCAAAAUGACCAAAUGUUAUUUACUUUGUAAAAAUGAAUUUCACAUCUGUACAUAUAUUUUUUUAGUGUUUUAUUUAGAGGUCUGAUUGUUUGCAUCAUGUUUGUACCCAGUUUCGGUGGUCUACAGCUCUGUUAAAAAAAAUUUCAUUUUGUAUAUUAUGGUUUAACUAACAUAUUAUCUGUGUUAAGUCACUACAUAAUAUAGAUCCUUAUACUCACAGAGUAAUUGAUACGAUUGAACCAGCAAUUGAGACACACUUUAGAGAGGAAAACAUUUCUAGACUGCACCAAAAAUAGUUUGCCGAACAAACCCUACAUAUAACAAAAAAAUCAGAAUUGUUCCGUUUUAAUACAGAGUGGUUGAUUGAAAUAUAAAAAUUUCUGCAUAAAUUUCCCGUUCAAUAUAUGGAGGGCUCAGAAGCCAAUCAGGUUAAGUCACUAAAUAUAAAAUCUGAGAAAAUUGACUUGUUUCAAAACUUGUUGUAAGAAAAUAACGACUCCCAUAUAAGUACUAAUAAUAAUUUUUAUUGAAAUGUAACAUACUGAUAAACUUAAAUAUAAGAAAAGUUAAUGAAAAUGAAAAGCGUUUUUCUUUUUUAAUGCGUUUACACAAGGAAAAAAUGACUUAUGCUAAGUGUCCACUGAACUAAAAAAUAAAAUAACGGGAAAACAAUUAUUAGUCUAUGUAAUUAUCCGAAUCGUCACUGUCGUUAUUAGCCUCAAGUUGGCCGAUCACUGAAGUUGAAGCUCGAGGAUUAUUCCUUUGUAUUACUGGCAAAUUUUUAUAAAAUGUGUGGUAGUGCGGUGGAAUGUAAGGAAGCAAAUCAAACAUGUGUUUUUUUUUAAGUCUUUGACAGGUCUGCGAUUUGGGUAGAGUUGCUCCUGAACAAUAUUAAAUAACUUAGGUGGUCUUCCCUUUCCGGCCUUUUUUGCAAUAUUGAUCUCGUUAAAUGGAAAAUCUUCUUGCAGUGUUUCUUUAUAGAAAAUAGAUUCCGGUUUAUUUUUGUAAUAUCUGAGCCAUUUUAUGUUCAACCAAUUAACUUUCCCCCCUGUAUUAUCAAUUUUUCUAUUAAUGAUGCUGUUUUCCAAUAUUCUUGUCGAAAGAAAUUCUUCACGUUUCAUUUCAAUUAUUUGAAAUGCAUUAGUUUUCUUAGCAGUGGCAACUAAAUUAAUCCAAUCUUCAGGACCAUAAAUAAACUCUUUUUUCUUUGCCUUUGACUCAAUAACCCCAAAAUCUGCAUCAUUCGGAAGGUAGCUAUGACCUGAGGUGAGAAAUUUAUGGUCAAUUGAAGUAGCGUUCAUUUCAGGGUCUUGUGCGAGUUUGAGAAGUGACAGACUUAGUUUAAUAUUGCGGUUCUGGCCUGUACAACAGUCCGAAUACAAAAUGGUACUAUCACAAUUUCUUGCAUUCAUUUUUAAAUGUUUUGUCAGGCAGGUGGCAACUUCUUGUGAACCUCGCGAUCCCUCUGUUUCGUCCCACAUAAACAUGUACCCCUUAUUGUCGUUGAAACUAUGAAUUCCCAAAUUAUAAACAUAUAAAUUCAUCUUAUAAUAAGCAACAGAUGUGCUUAGUUUGGGAAAAGGUAAAGCUUUUUGUAGAUCGAAUGUAAGAACAUAGAUGUUUUCAUUAGCUAAAUUUUUAUCUUUGUUAAGCGAAUCUCUCGCUAGUUUUGCCUUUCUGAGAUGAAUUUCUUUAUCGGUUUUUGCUUUAUGUAUAUCUUCUUCAUUAUUCCCAAAUCUGAUGGUAUUUUGCAAAGAAUCACAUAACUGGCAGGUAUCUUUAGAUGGAGGUUUGAAAUGCAGAUUAAAAUUUGAAGAGAAAACAUGAUAGUACAUUUUUUCUUUAACCGAUUCUGAACCUUCCUGUUCACAUUUCUCUUUGUAAAGUUGAUACAUCUUUCUAAUAUUUAAAUCUGGAUUUAAAUAUUUUCUAUCUGGAGCAUCACAAAGAGUAUAGUGGCUCUUGUAGCAAGGGAAUGAUUUGAUGUGUUCCUUGACUUUCGUGACGUCUAUUUUAUUGGUUGGUUCUUUGUGACCUCUUUUGUCUAUGCAAGAAGCUGGCGUUGUACUACAAGACAGUUUAUAGAUACGCCCCUCACUCACUUGAAAGGUAUCUUUAAAAAAUUUCUUACACACACGAAUGGACAAGUCUGUAGUAGUUAAGUAAUAUUUUACUGAUUUUAAUCUUGGCGCUUUUGAUCCAUUUCUGACGCGACGUUUUUGAACAGAGCUGUUAUGAAUCAGUCCACGAAGAUAAAUGUUCUGCUUUGUAUUGUCAGCUAACUUGUAAAAUGAGUCAAAAAUGAGUUGUCGUUCUUCGAGUGUUAUAUUAGAAGAACAAAGUCGUCUACAUUUACAAUCAACAUUUUUAAACGAUUUGCCAGGUAUGUUCUUCCGGUUUCUGUUCACGUAAGCUUUUCCACUAUACCGUCGAACUGCGUUGACUGUCCGUCUCCAUUCUGUUGGAUUCCUUUUUCGCUUUCUCCCUCUUGUCGGAGAUUCUACCAUAACACCCCCUUCAUUUUCAAUCACAAUAUUUUCUGCCCCAAGAUCGUCGGCAGGUAAACUGGAACUAUCUGAAACAAAUUUCAGUGGUCAAAGCGUGUAUGUCAAAAUCAUUUUUUUUUUCUUUGAAUUUGAUGCAAUUUCAGUCACAAUAAUCAUAAAAAGGAUUGUUUUGUGUUCAUCUUUAGUAAUAAUUUUAACAUUUAAUCUAUUGUUAGCAGAAAAAGCAUAAAACACAUUUUCGUAAGAAAUUAUUCCCGCCUUUUUAGGUUAAAAGUUACUUACUUGAAUCAGAUGAACUAUUUCCACUGUUAGGCACAUAUUCUGAUCCACUAUCCGAGUAAGGAUCAUUUUCUUCAAGUUCUAAUGAAAAAUCAACGGUUUCACAUUUUCACUCAUUUUUACCGAUAACAAUCGUGAAAUAAAUCUCAAAUCAAACUGUGACACGCCGAGAUGACUUACACUAAUUGACUUCCGAUAAUUUUUCAGUUUAUUUCUGACGCUAAACAAAGUACCGCCAUCUGUUGGUUUUACUGUCAAGCAUUGACUUAGGCGUUUUGUCUGUAGAAAGUUUUAGCUGUAAGAAGGAAUCUUCGACACGUAACUCAAUUUUUAGCGGAAAGUGACUUACACUGAUUGGCUUCUGAGCCCUCCAUAUAAAGAAGAGAUAGUAUUGAGAGGAAGAAAUUGACACUUCACAAGAAUUUACAAGUUAGAUAGGUUAAUGAGAUGCAAACGAUCCAUUUGGAUAGUAUAUUUAUUCUUUUUUUUUUAAUAAAACAUACGAAGAUAACAACGCUAAUAUGUUUUAUUUUCUUCACUCAUAAAAUGCAUGAAUAUGUAUCAUACUGAGAAUAUGUAUGUAUCAUAUGUCAAAGAAUAGAUUAAUGUCAAAUCACUUUCUUAUAUUUCCUAUUAAAAUUUAAUUAUAAUUCGUUCGCUCAGCUCGGACAUGUUUUGACAGAUUCAUUGUCGGAAACAUGCAUCAUAAAAAUUCUUCUUCUUGACUGGCUUUACAACUUCACUAUAGCUCUCUCAUGUUCUACGAUCUUGCGCUUCCAUUUUCUAUUGUUGUACUUCAAUCCUAGAUAAAUCGGCUUCAAAAUCAUCUUUCCAUCUUUUUCUGAGAUGGCCUACUGAUCUCUACCGUCUGGUAUCUCAAAAACACUGUCUUUAACACCCUUGUGUCUUCAUCUGAUCUUACCACAUGACCACCUGCCCAUCCGGUUCACUUUUAUAUGUCUGACGAUAUUUUGAGUACCAGACCAAGUCACCAAUUCAGCAUUGCUGCGCCUUCUCCACUCUACUAUUAAUUCAUUUCUUUGAGGGUCAAAUGUCAUUCUGAGAACGUUCCUUUCAAAUAACACCAGAUUAUUUAUUUCCUACUGAUGUACAGUUCAUGUUUCACUUCCAUAUGUAACAACUGGGCGAAUAAUUGACAUGAACAGUCUUAAUUUAGAUUGUCUUUUUAGCAGCUUAGACCUUAAUAAUGAUUAUAAAGAGUAUAAUGCCCUAUUAUCCGCAGCUAUCCUUGCUGAGACUUCUUUUUCUAUGUUGUUGCCAUCUGUGAUUACCGUCCCCAGAUAUGUAAACUCUUUUACUACUUCGAAGUUGUGGUCGUUAAUAGUUAUGUUCUGCCUAACUCUUGAUCUUGGACUUUCGGUUACUAGCAUGUAUUUUGUCUUCUAUUCAUUUAUUCGAAGACCUAGACUACCUGUUUCCUCCUCGAGUUGUAUAAGUCCUGAUGUUAUACUAAAUGGCAUCGAUGUUCUGUUUCCUCUCUUUACAUCUGCAUAUGAAUCUGUCAUGCACAUUUGAGUUAGCUCAACUAAUUUUCUUGGGAUUCCCAUUUCUAGCAUUGCUAGCCAUAGUCUUCUUUUAUCGAAUCAUAUGCUUGCUCGAAAUCUACGAAAAUUUGGUGUACAUCUCGGUUGAAUUCCCAGUUUUUUUAUAAUACAUAUUUGUCGGAUCUUAAAUAUUUGAUCUCGUGUUCCAUCACGAAAGCCUCAUUAGCAGUCGUCUAGAAUAUCUUCCGAAUAAAAAUACCUACCCGUCGGUAAUAGUAGUUCAAAUAAACAUACUGUUGCAGACUUCUUUCAUUAAAAAAAGAAGAAUAAUCAUGGGAUAUUUAAGAAACUUUUUCUACCCUUAUUGUGUCAUUUAUUAUAAAGCAAAGAAUACUCAGAAUAGUCUGAACAUCCCCACCUGAUUAAAAGGAAAGCAACUGAGAGCAAUAUUAAAGUAUUUUAUUGAAACUUAUAUCGUAUUCUGAAGUAUAAGAAAUGAAUUUUUAACAGAGCUCUUAGAUCAACUCACAAAUUACUUUUACGUACUGCCAGUGUCUCUUAAAGCUUAAAAACAUGUACCAUGAUAAUAUUAUCUUUUUUUACUUGUUUUUAGAAUAACUUUUAGUUGUCUCGAAAAUGUUUUAAAAGCAGCACCGAUUAUAAAGUUACUUUAACUGAAAACUGAUUUUAGCAAUAAAUACUAGUAAUAAUUAAUCAGGGUAUAAAGGAACGCUUAGAAAGUUGGAUAUUUUAGAAUUAUCUAAAAAAGGAAACAUCCCAAAAGUCUUCGACUUAAAAAAAAUUAAUGAUUUUUUGUUUCUUUUUGCCAGUAUCUUUAAUAUGUUUUAAGGUUUAUCAUUACUCAAGCACUGCAUCUGUCAGCCAUAUUUUGUGAAUGCUGCAUUAAAAAUUUUAAUAUCACAAUAUUGUGUAAUUUUUUAUUAUUUUUUGGUUGUAGUACACUUAUUGAGCUUAGAAAAUUCUGAGCUUAUUUAUCUAUUCAGUUCAAUUUCUUGCAACUUUUACGCCGAUAUUUUUGGUUUUCUUGUUUUCUUCCACACUAGGCCUCCAUACCACUUUGUCUAGUUCAUUCUGCUUUCUCCAUGGUAACGUCUUCUACGGUAGCUUUCAUUUGCUGUGGCCUACUGCAGGCAUCAAAGUUUAUUACGUUAAUGAUGUCCUAGAUUUAUUUCUGAUUCUGUGGUCUGAAGUGCCUUUUUUUCGUCUUUUAUAAGUGAGAGGGGUGUCAAAUUGUUCUAACAUACCUCGUUCCUAGAAGGUGGGCAGAACCGCCUUCCAUCCUCGAUUAUGCAGGAUUUUUCCAGCGUGGCCAUGAUGACAGCUGAGACCGCACGCAGAGGUUGUUCGAACACCAUCGCCGUCAAUACCGCAGCCAAUACUUGCUAAAAAAUACCCUCCUCGACCAUGAAUUACCGGCCGGACCGCUCUGAUUGAGACACAACGUCGGCAUGAUAUUCACCCGAUCUCACUACGACUUCUCACUACGACUUCGUAAUUCUUUUCUCUCCUCUCGUUGUCCACGUUCAUGUCGAAUCUCGCCACCUCUAAUUCUACCUCACCUUCUUGCUUGCUCUGUGCACCCUGUCUCCCUUCAGGUCGCCUUUCUUCUUGUUCAUUUCUCUCCAACGUUCUCUUCACAUAUCUCUGAACUGCUCUCCACCUAUCUGACGACUUAAGCAUCUCCUCCACUAGCUCCGUGACUAAUUGAAGCCUACUUCCUAGCUCUCUCUCAAGCAGGCUCCUCUCAGCUAUUCAUCUAUCGCAUACCAAUAGAGUUUGUGACACAUAUCCCACAAGCAUUUAUCACUUUCUGUCUUUCCAAAUCUGUAAAGGUAUGUCCUGUGAGCAGUUGCUUCAGGAAAUAAUCCAAACGCUGAUGCCCUCAGUCCAUCCAUCUUUUCAGAUCAGGAAUCAGCGAUUUCAUCCACUGUGCCACCCUCCUCAUCUUGUCCCAUUCCUGUUGCCCCACCAUAAUCUCCCUUUCUUCUUUUUUAAACGUCCCUUUGUUGUAUUUAUUUCUUCACUGACUUAAUAUCGACCUUCCGGUUCGUCGAUGGAUACAUUUCGGUACCUUCUUCCUUCUACCUUCUUCGGUAAAAUUCUUCCAAAUUAGCAAUUCUAUAUACUAAAUUGUUGAUGCACCUGCGCUAUCCUACAUUUUUCAGAGAUCCUAAUGGUCAAAUUAACUGCACAUUAAACUUCUGUCGAAAAUUGUUACGCCUCACUCCUGUUGUUUUUAAGCCACAAUGUAUUCCUCGUACAUUCUUUCUGGUGAAACAUUGGUCAAGUUUUUACUUUCCAAGCUGUUGAGCCUGUGCUAAAAGUUUCAUUCAUCAAAAUUCGUUUAAGGUAGAAGCAAUAAGGUUUAUUAUUCUCGAAAUUGUGUGACCCGACCUUUUUCUUUCCCAUGUUUCUUUCAUCGCCUUUAUAAAUUACUCUAUGUUUAGUUUUAUGAGAUAAUUUUUGUUCUGUUGAAAAUUACAACAUUUAUAUUAUUUAAAAAAAGGAAAUACUAACGCAAAUUUGUUUAAUUCGCAAAUAUAUUUAUCUUUUUAUGUUUUAAAGUUUAAGAUUACAAUAUAUUGUAUCAUUUGAAGAAUUGUGGGUGUGUACGGAUCGAGAAUUAAAAGGAACACCCAGUAGUUGAUUAACAAUGUUAAAGAAGCGAUCUCAUAUUUGAAAAAAUAUAUAAGAUACCAAGGAUACUUCAUUUCUUAAAAAAUACUUUAUUUUCUUCAUAAUUUGAUUGUAUAGUAUCAUAAAAUUAAACAAGAAAAAUUAUUUUCUUAACAACCAAUUAACCUUGAGCUGUCAUCUGUCAUAAUGUCAUUAUUUUAUGUUGGCAACACUUAUCAUGUUGGAACAAAAUUUAAAUCUUAGGUAAAUACUGACAACCAUCACCUUUGUCUUUGCGGUUCUUAGCUUGAGUCCAGAGUCCACACGUUGUGGUAAUCCUAUUAAUCAUAUGUUAAAGUUCUUCGUAAUUGCUUGGAAUUAACACCUUGUCAUACGCGUAUCUCAAAUAAUACUGACGCUAUUCAGUUUGAUACCACAUUGAACAUUAUCCACUGCUUUAUUGAAAACGAACUAAGAAUAGAUGUUAAAUAUUAGUGGGGACAAAAUGCAGGCCUGCCUUACUCCUCUUCGCCCUUCAGAAGUGUCCCGGCUAAUCCUGAUGUUUGCACGUUGAUGCCAGUAAAGAUUUUUAAUAAUGCAUAUGUCUUUAUCAUCAAUACCUACCUGCUGAAGAAGGGAGUUAUUUCAGUAUGUUCGAGUCGAUCAAAGGCCUUCUCAAAGUCAACAAAACACAUGUAAACCGGAUGUCCGACAUCUCUGCAUCUCUGUCCCAUAACCUAUAAUGUGAUCAUUUAAUAGUAUUAAUUUUUAACUACCUGUAAUAUUUAAGUAAAUAUCUUCCUCAUUGGUUUAUUUUCAAAACGAUUGUUUUUUAUGGGUUAUCAGAAUGAAAAUUGUUCAGUUUCGUUUAGUUUCAUGAUUUUUUGAAAAAGUUCGGUGCAGUUAAUAGUUUUCGUUAACGACAGAAAAUACAGAAAUACAAAAAACCAUACAUUUUGACAAAUAUGUGAUUGCUGAUAGCUAUAUUUUAGAAUAAUAUUAACAGUGAUUUUAAAAUAGAUUUAAAAGUUAAAUAAUACAAAGUUUAAACUAACAUUUUAUAUCUUCUUGAUCUCCUAUAUACUCACAAAGUAGCUGGAGAAGUAAAAAAAUAUUUACACAUUGAAAAUUUGUUUCAAUUAUUACACUAUAUAACCUAAUUUCCAUAGAAGGUUUUAACUGUCUUCAGUUUUUUGUUCUACUCGGUUUUCUAUUUAGUUAGUCCAAGUGCGAGUCCAGCUUUCGAUUACAUAAUAUAUAGUUUUAAUCUGCCACGUAUUUUACUCAUUUCUCUUUUCUAUUUGAAGUACUCUACUUCACAGAUUGUUUGCAUAGUUUCACAAACAAUACACAAUGAUCUGAUUUGCUCAUUGUGUAUACAAUGAUGAGCGCGCUAAUAACCGGCAAAAUAACGCAAAAGAUGGAAUACAUAUUAAGUUGUGAGAUAAAAAGAGAUGAAACUAGUAAAGGUGGUAAAUUUAGCGAUAGAAACCUAUAAAUGUACAUUAUAUUGAUUGUUUCCUAUAGUCGGUUCGCUAAACUCAGACACACUGGCUAGUGAUUUUAGUAGGUAAUUUUUUUGUUUUUGACCAAUUUUGACAAAAUUGGCAAAAUUACUAACUAUUUAGUAAUUAUUAACUAACUAGUAAUUAUUUUUUGUCAAUUUUACCAAAUUGGCAAAAUUACUAAAAUAACUAGCCAAUUGUGUCUGAGUUUAGCGAACCGACUAUACCUUUAGACGUACCUACGGACGAGUUUGGCAACUACCACCGUGACAGUGACAGUUUUAGUUGACAUGCUUCUCUGAUACGUCUAAAGGUGGGAAACAAUCAAUAUAAUGUACAUUUAUAGGUUUCUAUCGCUAAAUUUACCACCUUCGCUAAUUUCAGAUUCUCAUGUCGAUUCGAUUUUGUGUCUUUGGCACUCCAUAUAUUUUGCUUUACAUACUUUCAUUAAAUUUAUACAUAUGUAUAGACCAAAUGUAGCAGCUUCCCGUUUUAGCUCUAUAGCUUUUUCGCUUAAUACCCUUUUGCUGCAGCUUAUUAUGGCAAUAUCAUCUGCAUAUGCGCAUCUUGUAUUUAUAUAGCCUUUCAUAUCCAAUUUUCUAACAACAGCUUCCCAAGUUAGGUUAAAAAGUGUUGUUGAUAAGGCAUCAACUUGCUUAACUCCAUUUUCAAUAUCAAAUACCUCUGUCAUAUCUCCAUCUAUUCUCACCAUGGCUUUGGGACCCUCCAGUCAUUCGUAUUCAUACUUUACCAUUGCUAUAUAAACAAAUGCUCUCUAAUAACAAAAACCUAGAGAUUUCCAUCAGAUGGUCAAGGUUUAUCAGGUAUUCGAUACCUGCUUGGCAGGUGAUCCAGUCAUCUGAAAAGAGAUUGGCUAGCCCAAUUUCUUUCGCAUUUUCUUCAAGCUCCACAAGUUCUGUGAAAUCUCUUGCCGUUCUUCCCAUCAUGUUUACAUCGUCUGCAUAGGUACAUUACAAUAUACUUAGACUUGUUAAACAAAUUAGCUAUUUAGUAUCUAAAAUUAGCGGAUACUAUUUCUUCUUCUUCUUCUACGGCACUACAGCCCAAAUUGAGCCUUGGUCUCCUUUAUUUUUGCCUCCACCCUUGUUUGUAUGUGGCUGCUCUUCUCCAUACACGGACUCAUAAAAGGGCUUGUGCGUCGCUGUUAACUGUGUCUUCCCAGCGCUUUCUUGGCUUUCCAACCGGUCUCUUUCCCUGCACUCUAACAUUCAGUGCUCUUUUUGGUAGCCUAUCCUCUCCCAUUCUUAUCCUUAUAGUUCUGAUACUAUUUAGUCUCGACUAAUUUUAAAAUUAUAAGUGACUAAAUCGUAAAAUUAAUCUAAUUCCACAUCAGACAGAAACUUUUCUGAAAUGUGUAGGUGUAGUGUCUUAAUUAAAAAGUUAAUGAUAUAGAUUACUUCCCCAAUUAUUUUGAAUAUUGUAGUUAUGGUAAAGUUUUAUAUUCCAAAUAAAAAGUUCUUACCCAAAAAUUAGAGUAGAAAUAACUUGCAACUAAUUUUUAAUAUAUCGGUUAACAUUUUUGUAAUGUUAAUGAAUUUUACUAAAUACUCAAAUUUAUAGUAUUAUAAAUAAGACAAAUUUAAAGAAAACAUUGACAGUUUUCAGUUUUCCGCCGUAGCUUUAUAAAAAUCAGUAAAUCAAAAUGACUACAUAAUGUUUUAAGGACAAUAAUGUAAAUUUUUAUCGUGCAUUUUCUUUUUCUUUUUAAGUUUUUUAAUAAUUUAUUUUUUGAUUACUGUAAAUAUCUGUAAUUAUGCUUUACGUUCAAAAAAAUAUGGUUAUGUUGAAUAAACUGUAUAAUCUA